CGUGGGCUAGGCGGUUUUUUUGGACAGGUAAUAAUUAUGCAAACAAAGGUUGUGGAGACCCACCGCCGGCACCUUUCCGACAACAAGUGACCGAACAAAAGCCACGUGAAUUCCGACAUUGCCCCGGCCAAAACACAGGGUAAAAUGGAGCGGGGUUUACAAAGGAGACCCCAGCCGGAGCAAAACGCUGAUCGCGCCUCCGAGCUAACCGUGGCUCGCUGGCCCGAUGUGGAGAGCGGCACUGCGGAGGUUUAGGCAAACCGCACACAGCCAGCCAAUCAAGGCAAGUGUUUGGACAACUCACUGCCUGCUGAGAUAGCCUCAGCUUUUUUUUCUUCUUAAACACAAGGCGGGACCAACACUAACGACAGAAAAAAUAAAUCGGUGCUCCACAACUAUUAGCCACCGGCGUUCGAACAAGCAACGUGGGCUCGCGAAACCAAUUGCCAGUGUAGUCGGCAAAGGCAAUGCUUUAUCGUCGCCGGUUUUAUCAGUCACUUUUUGCCGUCAAAGUCGACCGAAUGGAACUAUAACAUUACGAGGCAGACAUGAAACUUUUCACGGCGAUUGUUGUUCUUUAUGUCAUGCAGUCGGCGCUGUUGACCAUCCCAAACGUCAUGGCCCUGUCCUCCGUGGUCGCACUGGGAGCCAACGUGAUCUGCAGUAAGAUCCCCGGCCUGAGCCCCCGCCAGCGAUCCAUCUGCCAGAACCGGCCGGAUGCCAUCGUGGCCAUCGCCGAGGGAGCCGACAUGGGGCUCGGCGAGUGCCGGCAUCAGUUCCGGUACCGGCGCUGGAACUGCACCUCGGACGGCUACGGGGAAACGCUCUUCGGCAAGCCCAUGCCAUCAGCAGGCAACCGCGAAGCCUCCUUCAAACACGCCAUCAACUCGGCCGGCACCACGCACGCCAUCACCCAGGCCUGCAGCCGGGGCAACCUGACCAACUGCAGCUGCGACCGGAGCAAGGAGACGGGGCUGACGGAGGAAGGGUGGCGGUGGGGCGGCUGCAGCGCCGACAUCGAGUACGGGCUGCGGUUCUCGCGGAUCUUCGUGGACGCCGGGGAGACGGUGAACGACGCGCGCUCGCUGAUGAACCUGCACAACAACGAGGUUGGAAGGCAGGUGGUGCAAGACAACAUGGGGACCGAGUGCAAAUGCCACGGAGUGUCGGGAUCCUGUACGACCAAGACGUGUUGGACGACCCUGCCCCCGUUCCGGCUAGUCGGCAACAUCCUCAAGGACAAGUACGAGAGACCGGUGCAGGUGGAACCGGUACGGGCCCGCCGGACUCGCCGGCCGGCCUUCCUCAAGAUCAAAGACGCCCGGAACUUCAAGAAGCCGCGUCACACGGACAUAGUGUACCUGCAGCGGUCGCCCAACUACUGCGACAAGGACCCCCGCGUGGGGUCCCUCGGCACGCUGGGCCGGCAGUGCAACCGGACAUCAGUCGGUACGGACAGCUGCGAUCUCAUGUGCUGCGGGAGGGGCUACAACACCCACCAAUACACGAGGAUCUGGCAGUGCAACUGCAAGUUCCACUGGUGCUGCUACGUCCGGUGCAACCAGUGCAGCGAACAGACUGAAGAGUACACGUGUAAAUAGGGAACCUUUGUACAAAUUGGGGGACAUGGAAAUGAAAAGACGUUCGAAGUGACAACGUGUACAGCUGAUAUUGCUGAACCAAAAUGCUGCCCACCUUUCGGAUACCCAAGCAGCUUUGAAACAAAUAUCAAAUUCUAAUUAUUUGCUGGAGAGAAGAACGGCUUACAACGCUGAACACCGAAGCAUCGAAUGCAGAAUGCAGACUUCGCAACACUGGACUUAGUGACCGACAAUACAGUUUCUCGUGGUAUUUCCUGAAAAAGGAAAAUCAAGAACAAAAACAAAUGGACAAAGUAUAGUUUCUGGUACUUGCAUUCGAGUACGUUUCCAUGUUCGCUUGCUUUGUGCCAAAAUGUAUUCGAUUGCAAACCAGGGCUCAAGUGCAGUCAUUUUUUUUUACAAUCCCAAUGCGUUUACUAUCCCAAUACGUAGAAGGGCCUCUUAUACUGUCAACUACAUGUAGUAAAAACCAUACUCAGCCACAAAUUAAUUGAAAACAGUACAGACAGAAUGGAUAAGAAAACAGUCAAAUUAUAGCAACAUGCAACUGAAAUCAGCAAACGAUCAUUCUCAGUCUGAGAAUUAUUGACUAGAACAUUUUACUGUGAGUUUCGAUCUAAAGAAGAAAGCUACAGCGAUUGGCGUGAUUAUGUUCUUUCUAUACAGGGUGAGUAAAAAAAAAAGCGAAAAAAAAAUGUCGGGACUAUUGUUUUAGUGAAGUUCUACA